AUGUAUGAGAUCUACCAGCUGGCAAAGGAGUUUCAUGCUGCUGAUGAAACUGCAAUGAGCAAGUCCUUGGACGCCGUUUACCAAGCCUUCAUGGCAAGGGACUACUUCGCGGAGGUGAUCACGGCUGUGGAAGUCUGUCUUCCGAAUUGGACGGUCAAGCAUCUGACAGUGUGGAAUGAGCUUGUGGACACCAAGCUGACGGAUCCUACGGACAUCACAGACGUGGACUUGGAAGCGGCGGAAGAGGCUACCCAAGCUGCCCUGUACCAAGAGACUCGCAGCAAAUUGUCGUUGGAUGAAGCUGCCUGGCUUCGCUACAAGAACCAGCUGAACCAGAAGAAGGCCCGCGAGCACAUUGUGGCAGUUACCCAUGACAAGUCGCAGCUGCAAGUUGGGAAGGGGGUGGUGGAGAACUUUAUGGAAAAGCACGCCAACAUCGUUGCUGUGUCUGAUAUGGCUUCUGUGCCCAACAUGGACGGAUGGCUGAAACAAGCAGCCGCGGAGUUGAAGGUCAAACCGGACGAGCUUGGAAUCUUUGUGAUCACUGACUAUUCCAAGAUGGGGGUGCUGCAGACCCUUGCGUUGAACAAGCAUUCCCAACUCAUGGCAAAGUGCAUUGACAAAACGACCAUCGUCGACAAGAUGCAGCAGCACAAGCUGGAGCUGCGUGACCUGUGGGUGUGCCUUGACACCUCUCAGCUCCAUGGAAAUGCUGACCGGCCUGGGUAUUAUCAGGCAUGGAUGUGUGCACCGGAUUUCAUGCUGCCGCCACGCGGCACCAGCCAUCGUGCUCCCAAAAUGAGCGCGGAGGAUGCCAGGGACAUGAAGGCCACUGAGCUCAACGAUUUCACCUCCUGUGAUUUGUGGAAGCUCCAAGGUUUUCCCAAGGACAAGGUGCCGGCGGCAGUCCCGGAGAGCUCGUUUCAUGUCCCUAUGGCACGAGCUUUCCUACAGAGCAAUGACACUAGAAAAAAUCUGACCGACAGCCAGGAAACGGGACAGUGGCUUUCCGGAGAAGCCUUCUGGAUGGCGCUGAUGGACUGGAAAGAUGGUGUCGGACCCAUGGGUCGGCUUCUCCCAAAGUACAAGCCGUAUCCUGACGAUGACACACCGGUGGUGGCAGAAGAGCCCACUUUGGCAAUCUGCAGCAAUCAAGAUGGUGCACUGGCGAUCCCUCCAGAGAUUCGCACACGGUACUUGCAGGAUCCUCACCGAGCUCCGGAAUGGAGACGAAUCUUGAAGGAGUUCGACAGGAAAUGGGGCUGCACAGAGACAUCCCAUGUCCAGGAGACAACAUCUCCUCCAAGCACUGAACAGCCUGGCGGAGUAGAAGCACCUCCGCAAGCUGCGACUUGGGGUGACAUCUUCCCAGGUGAACCAACGACCAAGGAGGCUUUGCACAACAAGUACGGCCAGGCGUUGCACAGCUUCACCAUUGAGGGCAAUCUGACGGCCGUGAUCACAGAAGGACCCAAGCUCUUUGUGCUAGCAGCCGGCAGCGCCUGCAGCAUCACUCCUGAGUUGCCACUGCUCUGCUUCGGUGCUGGUACGUGGCUGCUCGACGCGAAAGCUGACACCUUCAUCCAGGAGAAUCCGGACAAAGGCUAUCGUUUCCUCCUGGACAGCGAUACUGCAUUGUGUGUCUUGGAGGACGCAUCGGGCAAUGAUGGGGCUUGCAAGCCGCUGCGUGAGAUCCUGCAGGAAGUUGAGCGAUCAGGACAUGUGGAGUUCGAGCUGGCAGGACACCGUCACGAACGUCCACCGUCAGUAUGUCAAGGAAAUGAAGACGACAGGACUGAUGGAUCACCUCCCGCAAAGCUGAGACGAAGCGCCAGGCUUUCUUUUGAAAACAACGAUUGCCCAACAGCAGCCAAGGCCAAAGCCAGGCAAAACCGCCGACUUGAGAUCGAGAAUAUGCAUGAUCGGUUGCCUACGCACUCUCCCUCAGCCGAUUCUGAUGACACCUUGAUCCUUCCUGGCCGAUCAGAUCCAGCAGACACACAGCUUGAUGACAGUGACGCCAACAACACACCCAGUGCAGUGAAGAACUUGGAGAUGGAGUUCGUCAAGACUUCUGACAAGGGGAGUGUCAAGCCUUCCGAGAACGGCAAGACUUCUUCUUCCCCUUCUACCUCAACACCCGGUGAUGACAAGACAAAGCCUGCCUCAGUGAAGGCUUCAGUCCACUCUGAGAAGGAAGUGGGCAAUCUGAACGGCAAGACUUCUUCCCCUUCUACCUCAACACCUGGUGAUGGCAUUCCCAAGACAAAGCCUGCCUCAGUCACGGUUGCUCUUGUCAACUCUGAGAAGGACGUGGACAAGGUGAACGGCAAGACUUCUUCCCCUUCUACCUCAACACCUGGUGAUGGCAUUCCCGCUUUGUCUGUGGACAUGGACAAGGAGAUCGGCAAGACUUCUUCCCCUUCUGCCUCAACACCUGGUGCCAGCUCAGCACCCACUGGUUCCAAAGGCAAACAGCCAAAGCUUCGUGCACGUGUUAAGCAGCCAGGACAGAAAGCCAAGCGCACCAAACAAAGUGAUGAAGAGAAGAAGCGCAAGCAUCGCUUGGCUUGUGACCGGUGGCACGAGAAAUGGAUUUCAAAAGGAGUCCCCCGCACCCAGCCUCUUGCCAAGGCAAACAUGGCACCCAGCGAUGAUCCCUCACCGAAGGCAAAGGCAUUUGCAAAGAAGGCCAGCAAGACCAAGACGAACACCAAAAAGAAGGAGAUCGCCAAGAAGCGUGAUCUUCGAUCAGUGAAGGGGGAGUUUAUCCGGGCCUUCUUGGAGAAGUAUGAGAGCACUGAGCCUGAGACCCGCCAGUCUAGACUUGCAAAAGCUUCCAAAGCUUGGAUGGAAUCUGAUGAGCGGGCGAAGUUGAAGGCCAAGCCUGGCUCACAGAUUCUGUAG